AUGGCGACGUCAGACUCAAGCACGCUUCCCAGCCACAAGCGACUCGUCCAGGAGGGCUACGACAAAAUGGCAGCCGAAUACACAGCAUGGGCACUGACCGGCUCUCACACACGAAUGCAAUACGUUGCUAAGGCUCUUGAACAACUCCCAAGGGCUGCUCAGUCCACAAUCUUGGAGGUAGGCUGCGGUGCUGGUGCGCCAGUUCUCGAACACCUGGUAAGAAAAGUGUCUCACGUCUUCGCCAACGACAUUUCCAGCACCCAACUCAAUCUCGCGCGGGAAAGAUGUCCUGGUAAAACGACAUUCCUAUCAGGAGACAUGGCAACUCUAGAAAUUGCGCCUGGGACCCUUGAUGUUGUGAUGGGUUUCUAUUCAAUUCUCCAUCUUCCACGGGAUGAGCAGCCUGCAAUGAUCGGUCUGAUUCAUGGGUGGUUGAAGGAGGGAGGGCUCUUGGUGAUGAACCUUGGUACGGAGGAUCAGGAGGAAUUGCGUGGUAAGUUCUUUGGUCAGGAGAUGUACUGGAGCACAUUCUCGGCCGAGAAAAGCAAGCAGAUGAUCAGGGAUGCAGGAUUUGAAUUGCUGGAGGCGGAAGUGAAGACGGGCGAGGAUUUGGAUGCUUCUGAUCCAGAUCAUGGAAUCAGCUUUCUGUGGAUCCUUGCGAAGAAGUCGACGGGUCCGUGA